CCUCACUUCAGGAGUUUCUAACUGAUGCUGUGGCUGCGGUCUUCCUACGUUCCAGGAUCCAGAAUCCUGUCAUCUGGCAAAUUUUUUUGUUUUGGUUCUGUUCGGUUUGUUUGGGCGUUUUGUCUCUCUUUGUUGCAGGAAGGCGUUGUUCAGGGGAGGUUGUAUGUGGGAUGCCGUCCUUUGUUCUGGGGUGACGGCUGUUGCACAAAGUUUCUCAGAUGCUGAAGUGGAAGCUUUUCGUAGCAGGGAAUUGUUAGUGCGACGAAGAGUGUGUGAGGGGUCAGCGAGGAUGUGGUCUUCUAUUGAGCACCUGUUCUUGAAAAAGCUGCACCUUGGAGUGGUGGCUGCAAGGGGUCCUUGAUCUCUUGGUUCGAGGGUGGAGUGUCAGUUUUGCCGGGUUUUCAAAGUGUUGGAAAGAGUUGAAGAGGAAGGAAUGGAUACACACGUUAUGAUGCAGUUGUGUAAUGUAUACAAUCAGUCAAAAUUGGGUAUGCACUCGUUGGGUGCCACAAUACAUUUGCAAGAGAUUCGGAUUGGCCUGAGGAUGGAAACUGGUCCAAGUAUUUCGUCCGAGUUCAGGUUGAUACUGAGGGACGGCGCUAGAAAUAGGCUAUGGUGACACUUUGAGCAUCCUCGCUUUUUGUAGUCUGCGCCACCGCAGCGUCAAGAGCGCAGAGACGAAGCAAGAAACUCAGGGGACACGAACGAUAGCAGGGAGUCGAGUUGUGGCGAGUAUCUCUCUUCUUCUCAAGAAGUAACCAUCCGUAGCUAGUAUUCGAGGUGAAGCCAUCACAACAAUGAGAGGGAUUCACUUGGACAGCUCUACGGUGUCCGUGAAACCUUUGUGUUCUGAAAAUGUCCUAUUCAUUUCAAGAACAGGCGCAGAUAGACGAAGUCCACGGAGCUGAAAAUGAGCUGUAGACUGCCGUCCGAUCGCUUCGAGUAGAGCCGCAAGCAACCUUUGACCGUCACUGCUUGAGAAAAAAUCUUUCUAUCCUUAAAGACAGGCAUCAUACUCGCGCAGACGUUUUGCGAAUAGAAUUUUUUGCUGAAUCCACUGUUAGAGACAUAUGAUGGAGAAGGAGCUCGAGAGACGCCGGCGCUGGCCGUGGAAGAACCUAAAAAACAACGGCAUUAGUGGUAGCUCCGAGGGCGGAUCGUCACCCAAUCCUGUGAAACUCUUUGACGAACAGGAUGUGGCAAGAAUACUUCAGGAUCAGAUUCGAAUAGGAGACGAGCAAAUUGUUGAAGCUCUGCAUGCAGCUGAACUCAAAUACUCCGAGGAAAAAAAGGUUUUGACUGAGAAGCUCACUGAUGUCAAUGAGAAGCUCGUCUCUGCACUUGCAGACAUUACCACCAAAGACCACUUCAUCAAGCUACACAUCAAAGUUGCUGAAGAGGCUAUUAUUGGUUGGGAAAAAGCAGAACAAGAAACCGCCGAGUACAAGUUAGAACUUGAGAAAGCUACACAACAACGGUUGGCUACUGAGGAUCGUGCUUCGUAUCUUGAUGCAACCUUGAAGGAUCUCACGCAACAACUCCAUGUUGGACGUGAGGAGCAUAAGAAGAAUCUGCAUGAGACGACUCUUGAGAAAGCUCAGGAGUUCGAAAAUUUAAGAACUGAAUUGGAGAUCAAAUUAGAAGAAGUAUCGAAAUCCUUGUCCGAUAACCGAAAUUUAUUGAUUGAAUCACAAGCUGAGAAUGAGGUCCUCUACCAUGCCCUGAAGGAUUCCUCGAGGAUGAUUGCAGAGCUCAAUGACAUGAGAGCACACACGGAGACUUACAACAAAAUCCUGCAACAGGUACGGCUCGAAGGGGUUGAGAAAGAAAACUUGGAUCUCAGGUACAAGAUACAAACCAUCACGAAGGAGCUUGAGAUCAGAUCAGCCGAGCUUGAAUACGGAAGAAAAAAUCCGGAUAUACUGUACCCGCAUCAAGCAGACAGCGGCAACACCAAUGUCAAGCUAGAGGAUGAGAGCAGUCAGCUCCACAUGAUGGUCCACAAGAAUCUUCCGGAUUCCUCAUCAAAAAAUCAGAUAAACAAAGAGAUGGGUUUCUCAAGGAAAGAACCGGAAGACUCUCCAAGGCCUCGCCGUUGUCCUCUGCGUCGAAGCCUAGGAGAAGGGUUGGACAUCCUACCUUGGCAUGCAUUGGUUCAUGAGGGAACUCAGGAUUCCAAAGAUGGCAUUAAUGCUGUUGUGGAGCGAAUUGCUCACGUAGACGAGGAGACUCGCAUUUUAAAGGAGGCUUUAGCCAAACGGAAUAAAGAGCUACAAGCUUCUCAUCUCAUGUGCGCCAAAACUGCAAGCCGGUUAACGGUUGUGGAGGAUGAACUGGACUUAUUAAGAGCAGAGAUGACACAUUUUAUUGAUGCAUCAUCCCCUGGGUGCUCAAUGUCAUCAAUGCCUGUUUCCAAGUCUAGAACGCCUCUUUCCAAGUCCAAGAACGGAUCACGGACAUUUGGGCUCAUGAAUGGCCUUGGAAUGGAGUGCUUGGCUCCUUAUGGGUUACAAUCUGAGCCAAGAUCUGAUAACCUAUAUGAAAAUGGUUACUUGAACUACCCACAUAUCUCGAAAUGUCAACAGCAAAUCUUAGGCUUAAGAAAUCCCAAGACAGCAAAUGACAGAAAAUUUGAUUCGACAAAUGUCGUGAACGAAAAACCGAGCACGAAGCUCACAGCUGCCGAGGGCCAGUUCUCUUCAAAUACCAGGAAUGCAGAAAACGCAGAGUCUUCCAAAAUAUUGCAAGACGGUUUGGACAGAUUGCUAAAUAGUCUGAGGGAAGCUCAGGUGCAUCUCACACCGUCAGCUAAGGUAAGCACACCAAUUCAUUUGGAGCUUGCGACAGCAUUGAAAAGUGUAUUCCAAGCUACUGAACUCCUUGGUCAACCUGUAGAAAUUAAGUCUUUUAUUCCUGAAGUAGUUGAGGAUAACACUAAUGUGUCAAUUGCAAUGUGUGUUCAUUGGCCAAACUUCAAGUUAGACAGUUGCUUGAGCAACCUAGCGCAGGUUACGAAUGAGCUUUCAGAGAAUUGUAGCCACUCUACAAGCUUUGUAUCGGAGCUUUCACCUACCCUUCCUUGCGUUACAUCGAAUUAUAUUAAUUCUGUUCAAGAUUUGCAAGAAGAUCGUGAAGCAGUGUAUGGGAAUCUAGAAUCAGCCAAUGCUCUAAUAUUCCAACCAGAAGAUUAUCUUCCAAAUAUUAUACAGGAACGAGCUACUAAAGAUAUCCAAAUGCAAGAGCAACUGGACCGGGCUCCUGAGUGGGAGAAAGAUGUAGAGCUCCUGUCUAGAGAAAUAACAAGAGCAAUUCAUCGCGUAUCAGACGUGAAGCCUCACCUUCGUGAAGCUAAUGAUAUUGUGGACGCGUUGAGGGAAGAGCUGAAAGCAGCUGAGGUCCGUAUCUGUGAAUUACGGCUGCAACAGGAACAGCAGAAGCAGGAAGAUGAGCUGAUCGAGGAAAAGUUACUGGAGAUUUUUCUCUCUCAUCCAGGCCUUGCAAAGACCAUCCGUGCUGCAGAUAUUGAAAUGAAUGAACUUCAUGUCAAACUAGCAGAGCUGGAGGUUGAGUUGCAUGACGAGCGGCGCCGGCACCACGACGUCGUUGCAAAGCUCCGGGAUUUGCAACAAAUUCAUAGAGGCGUUGGACGAAAUGCAGAUUCAGGAGGUUCACUUUGGGAGGGAUCUACAGAGUCUCUGAUGGAAGAGGAUGAUGUAAGCAAAGGCGCUGGACAGGAACGGGAGAUGGCGGCAGGUGCAUCAGCUGAAUGUCAGCGCACGAUACUUGCCUUGGGCAAGCAUCUAAAGAUACUAGGGUUCUCAGAAUCACUCAAACUGACAACUAAUUCCAGACAUUACCCAGAUUUUGAGAAGGGAACGACGGAAUCACUGGAGCUACAGCAAUGGCUAACACAAUCUAGUAACCAAGAGUCAUCGCAAAAAUCAAACUCUGUUGUGUGUAAUGGCCCCACAUCUGUCCCUGCAUCUCCAGGACGAUUGGGUUUAGUGGGACCAUCGUCCCCUGAUUUACCAGUAAUCGUGCAGCGAAGUGUUCGUACUUUUCGUCCUCUCCAGUUACCUGAAGUAUUCGCCAGUAAUGGCAAGGUUGUAUCAAACCCAAUAGCAACUCGUCGUGCCGAUGAACCAUCAUAGAACUAUUUACAGGCAUCUCAUUGUGGACCACAAAGGCAGAGUAUGUGAACUCCGAGGUCAUAACUGGGCCAAUCAUUCUCAACCAGACUUUUGUGUUCUUUGGACGGGUGGGGUGAAAACAAAUUUCACGCAGUGAUGUACAAGUGGCAGAUAGAAUUCUAUUCACAUGUAGCGCACUCUAUUUACGCUGACGUGAUUGUAGAAUAUCUAGGAUUUGUACACAUCAAAGUGGAGCUGAAAUGCCAGAAUACGACAAUCUGUCACUGCACAUCUCAGUACCAGUAGAGAAAGAGAAAAUGUCAGCAUCGGCCUAACUAGUAGACAGUUCCUUCCAUGGAUAAACGUCGAUAAUAUUGUAGUAACAAAACCUUCGCACACCAAAUUUAUUUACAUAUUCAAUGA